AUGUCUGAUUCAUACAGCACAGCACGCGACGGCAGUGCACCUCUCACCUCUCAUUUAUCCCCACUUUCCAGUGCUUCUCACACAGCCCAGAAGAAGCUCGAUAAGCCAUCAUCGUCGCAAGCCCGUUCGGAAUCAUCGACUAGAACAGUGACACCGGAAGAAGAGAAGUCUGACCCAUCAGACAAAUUAGCGCCGCAGCAAGAGAUAGACGAUCACGACGAUUUAUCGGGACAUGACCAGACUGACAAACAGUCACAUCAGCAUGGUACUAUGGACGGCCGAGAGACGGUAGAAGAGGAUGGAGCGGAUGGGGUGGAUGACCUCGAAGCGUUGAAAGAUCGCAAACUCCCAGAUCCACGCAAGGUUCACUGGAAGAGCCGCUUGCGAGACCACAGUGUCGUUGACAUGAGAUCUGUCCAGAGGUCCGGCUCUCCAACCAUGACUUCGGAAGAUGCCAACGCUCGCAACACGGCUUCCCGUCUUGUGCGGAAACACACUGGAAGACCGCCGAUUGCUCCACGUGCCCCUGAGGCUGACGACGAUUCCGAUGGCACAAACGUCCCUUCCUCCUCCGCAGUAUCUCUCAAUUCUACCGAUUCACCUGUUCCCGAUCCUCGACAUCGACGAAUGUCCAGUAGAAGAUCUUCUUUCAGCUCGAGUGUAUGGGAGACUAGUGAUGAAGAGACCGAUGACGAUACCCGUGUGGGACCCGGAGGAGUACUCAGUGCAUUGCUGGGCCUAUAUCGCAACGAUACUUCAGAAAAACGCCGAGGGACUUUACGUUCUCUGAUGAGCGGGAAACGUGAACAUGGUACACACAAGCAGCGAACAAGGAGAAGAUGGAGCUCCCAAUCAUUGUUCACAAUCCCUUCAGCCAACUCAAGCUUCGCAGGGAGUCGCCGUAGUAGCAUGAAUCACACGGACGAUAUUUCGGGUACAGAUUUAGAAGAAAGGUUGAAGUAUGAAGCAAGACGAGUCCACCGCAAUCGAAAGCAUCAAACUCUUCCACAUCGUAGUCAAGACUUGAACGAUCCAUACAUUCCCUCACCACACUUCUCCAAUCAAAUGAGACCACACGCCAACAUCACGAUUAGCCAGAGGUUUAGCCAGUUCAUGGUCGGUCAUGCUAACCCCGCGACCUGGUUCAGGUAUAAUGAAGAACAAUCACAUCCAGCUCAAACACAUCGAGCGAUGGCUGCCCUGGUGAUAACAACCAGCAGUCUGGUAGCUAUAGCAACCCCUAAACUUAGUCACGUUGCCCCUGCUUACGGUGGUGACGCAGAGACCAGUGGUGGCACGCGAAAAAUCAGUUAUUAUGAAGGAGUUGCAGAGUCGCAAGCAAAACAGGAAGAUCAGCAAAGAAGAGAAGACGAGGAAUUGGGGAUGAACGAUGGGACAGACUUGGAGAAAGACAUGGAAGAAGGGCGUCUGCGAGGACGGAACAAAAGGCAAAGACGAAGAGGGAAACGGACCCAGAAAGAGCUAGCUGUGACGAAGCAUGUAUCGAACAUCAUACAAAGGAAAAAGUGA